UUUACAUUCUUGGCCGUCUUGGGCUCUAGUCACUUUUUCCCCUUGCAUGCAGUAACACCGUAAUUUUGUUGCUCAUACAAAAGACAGUGUUACCAUUUGGCAAACAAGAGAAAUAGCGACUCAAAUUUAACUGAAAGUGAGAAAGAUCUUCUGUAAAAUUAGAGCUUUUGUAAAGGAUAUAUGUGAAAAGAUGAACGUAUUUGUUGUCGUCGCUUUUAUUGCCAGUGUGUGCGUGGUGGUUAAUGGACAGGGAGCAAGUGGUAAUAAUAAUAAUGCCGGAUCAAGACCUGCAGGUACACCCAAUAACAACGCGUAUGGGAAUAUGGGUAGUAUGAUGAGAAUGAUGGCGAGCGGAGGAGCGGCGCCUGGUAUGCGAGGCGGUGGAUCUGGCGGCGGCGGAGGCUAUGGAGGUGGCCAAGGAGGUGGUAUGGGAAUACCUGCAAUGUCUGGAAUGCCUGGUGGAAUGCCUGGAGGUCCAAUGGGUGCAAUGAUGUUUGGUGGAAUGGACGCAAAUAAUAUAUUUCCAUUCAUGACGUGUAUGCGAUUCAUGCCUCCGAUUUAUUGCCUGAGUCAAUAUAUAAACUGAGAAAAAAGUCACAAAAUGGUGGAUGUGUUAGAAUAGAGACGGACACCAUUAAAUAAUCACCAAAUUGUUAUGUGAAAUCAUGGAUAAUAAUGGAAUUAACAAACACUUGAACAGUGUGAUAUAAUAUAAUUUACAAAAAAGCGUUGUGCUUUGCAAAUGGAAAAGGGUGCACCAGUAAUAAAAUAAUGCUUACCAGAAGAAUGGAAUUAGUCAAGAUUAUCGAAAUUUGUAUUAUAUGGCACGUAAAUGCAGUUGAUAAUUUUUUUUUCUUACAGUGAGUAUGAGUGAAAUAGGGCAAAUGAUGAUGUGUAGACGUCACUUACGUGGAAUGAUGGCGUACGCGUGUAUAAUGAACAUUUUAAACUAAAUUCAAACCGCCGAUCAAGAGAUGCCCCUUUUUGACGUGUCUUCGUCUAAUGUUUGAAAGCUGUAGUGAAUAUUUUACCCACAUUCUCAUUAUAAAUACCACGGUUUUGGCUACGGCUCUAAGACAUUACUUUAGAUAAAAGAUUCUCAUAAAACGAUCCUGUUUUUAUUCAUUAAAAUGAAACAGUUUUUAUCUCAUUGCCUGGUUUAAAACCUGUCACUAAACGGUGAACUCUUUUGUGUGAAGACGUGCAUUAUAUCAUGUGUUUAAGAUAGUAAGAAGAAGGCAAAACGUUAUUGGAAACGGAAAUAGGUCAGUUUUUAAAACAACGAAGGCAUCAACAACAUUUACGAUGACGUCAACAACAAGUACGACACUACGACGGCAACAUUUACGACAGCAAAAGCAGUGACGUCACCACCAUAAAGACAAUAGCUUAAGCUUUGCCUUAAUAUAUGACUUACAGUGUGUUUUUCAUACUAAGAUUAACGAGAAGGAAAUCGUGACUCGUUAAGACAUUCUAAGGUGACAUCCGUCACCAAAUCUGAUUGGAGCGUGACGUUUACAAAAAGGAAGUCACCUCAAAUUGUUUAGAAAAAAGAAGAUAAAUGGCGGCCUUGCAAAGAUGACAGUUCUGAAGUUACGUUUUGAUCUGAUUAUGCACACUUAAGAUAAUUUAUUGUCUGUAUGAUUCAACUUACCAUUCGUAGUGCGUAAAUGUUUUCACUUUUGGUUUAUAGAAAUGGAAUUUUUACGUGAGGCUCCUGUCAUUAGUUAUGUUGUUUAUGAAAAAUAAAACUUUUUCCUUUUAUAUAAA